CGAAAGCGAGCAAAUAGUAAAUAAUUUGUUUCAUUGAGGGCUUUGCUCCGGAAUGCAGCGCUCAUUUUCGCAAGGCAAACGAACCUUAUCGUGAUCCGUGUGGUACACCCAAUUGAUCCUGGAAUAUACACCAACAGCUGGGUUUUGUUGGCCGGAUUUGAAUUUACCAUUGUAAUUGAGAACAUUUCCCAGUGCUGGUUUUCAACAGUGUUGCAACCAGUAGAGACGAGCACUAUGGUGCUUCAGUUUAAGAUAUCAAUCCACACUGUACUGUCAUUGGUAAUCUGCUACUAUGUACUCACCGGUACUACAGUGAUGAGUUGUCCAGCGCCAUGUUCGUGUGAUGGUGCACCUCGGUACAUUGUACAUUGCCAGUCUCGCGGAUUACCAAUUGUGCCGGGUGGAAUACCGAAUACAACAAAAAUUCUAUAUUUGGAGAGAAAUCAGAUCCAGACUUUAAGUGACGGUGUGUUCCCUGGUCUAACAAACCUCCAAGAACUAUGGUUGGACAAUAAUCAGAUCCAAACUUUAAGUGACGGUGUGUUCUCUGGUCUAACAAACCUCCGAAAACUAUAUUUGGAGAGUAAUCAGAUCCAGACUUUAAGUGACGGUGUGUUCUCUGGUCUAACAAACCUCCAAACACUAUGGCUCAAUUCCAAUCCUCUUAUUCUGACACCAAGUCUCUAUGUCAGUUUAUAUGGUAUCGGCACUAUCUCCACUAACCCCGCCUGUUCUGGGUGUGUCUAUGUUAACUCAUGGGUUGCGGUGUACUUGAAUCAAGUGUCAAAGUCCUGUGCACCUGGACAUUUUCAGAAGUUCAACAAUAACGGAAGCGUUGACUACUACUGCCGUUGUAAUGAGUCCGUAGCAGUUAUUACGCCAAAUUGUUCAUCACCUGGAUACACAUGCCUGGCAAAUGGACAAUUUCCAAUUUGUUUUGGAUACACACAAUGCCAAAAAGCAGGCUCUACUUACAUUUGCACUUGUGAGGACGAAUUAAGCCUGAAUCAAGCCUACUGUUACGUAUCUGAAGACUGCCAAAACACAGUAGAAGACUGCGGAAAUGGAAACUGCAUCAUGAGCUACUCACCUGAAUCCCGAAUAAAUAGUGAGUACAAUUUGAGGGAAAGUACAUGGAUCAUGGAUAAUUUAGACUAA